ACUUGGUCGGACCUCCGUUGCUGACGGUCAAGAGAGGAGACGACGCUGUCUUUGAUUGGUAUUUUCACCCCGACCCCGGCUCUGACGCUAAACCCAGUCAAUACCUGUGGUUCAAAAUGACAGCCGAAGGGUCUGCUAGCCACAUAUUUACUGUCGUCCUUCCCGAUAUGACCAUAGAUAACGUCAGGCAGUUAUACGAAAACCGUGCACUCAUUGCAGGCCAGGUUGGUCUGAAACUUCUUAACGUCAGCAAGACGGACUCUGGAACGUACGAGCUUAACAUGAAUUUUGAAAAUGCUCGUUCCUUGAUUGAACAGACCACGCUGGACGUACAAUAUCCACCGACAGAUACAAAGGUAACUACGAUGGAUGGGUCCAAGACAACCACGAAAAGCAUGCUAUUAAAGCAAGGAGACACCUUGCGGUUAAAGUGUACCACGGACUCCAACCCGAAGUCAAGCUUCUCCUGGAGGAGACUCAACAACACGCUGUCACCGGUCGCUGAAGUAAACGCAACUUCGGGCGCUCUUACUAUCCACGAUGUUCGUAAAAACGACACCGGAAUCUACCAGUGCCGUGCGCACAACGGUCUGGACCCGGAUGGAAGAUGGAACGUUAAAGUCACGAUUCAGUCUGAUGAACCAGUGUUCUUACCACAGUCAAACGUCACAACAAGAGUGUCAAAGAUCACUCCGCGUUGGGUUAUACCAACAUUCACGUCCGUCGCCUUUGCUCUUUGGUUGUCGUGUAUCACCAUACUGUGGAUUUAUACGUCAAGAAGGAAGAACAAAAAACACAACAAUGACCAAUGGGCACACAUCUUCGUAGCUACAGAGGAUUACUACCCAGAAUAUCAAAGUCCUAGUCGUGCAGCACUUCUUCUCUCCAGUGCGUCAUCGGAAGAAAAGAUGGCUGACCCGGUAGUGAGGGAAUUCUGGGAUCGCCUGAUGACAAUGGACGCAGAUCGCGUCCUCGUCUGUCUGCAGGAGAAAGAGAUUCUGAAGGUCGAUGAUGCAGCUGGAAUCCGCCGUGCGCUCUCCGUGGUGGAGACUCUCCUGGAAACAGUCUGCGUACUGGAAAAGGAGAACGCAGCCCGGGUACUCAGCGAGGCCCUCCGGAGUUCAGAGCAACAGGACCUCGCUGAUCUGCUGGAUGGAAAAGUUCUCCCCGAUGCUAAGGCUGUGACUGUGACCAACACCACGGACUCAACAUUCAGUAUCGAGUUCAAGCCAGCCUACACCAACAUCCAACACUUCGGUGACGUGGACAAGUAUGUCAUCACUCUUGCUGUUGCCGCCGACGAACCACAGGUCAUCGACACACUGGACCUACUCCCAUCUAAACCACUACAUGCCGAUUUCACCGACUUGAACCAAGGAACGUCAUACAACGUCACCGUCGUCAGCACGAGGGGUGAUGUUGCCAGUGCCGGCACCACCCUUACUGUUACUACAAUUGGAGGUUAUGAGGUUCCCAGUCCUCUGUUGGCAUCACUCAGUCCGGACGAGCGGUCUCAGAUUCACGACGUCCUCAUUCCAAAGGAUAGGAUCACCUUGCAAGAAUCUCUGGGGAAGGGAUAUUUUGGCGAAGUACGGCGCGCGACCUACCUUCGAGAUAGGUGCGAGUUCUGCGCCGCCAAAACAUUAUAUGAAACGGCCUCGCACACUGACAUGGAGUCGCUCCUGCGGGAGGGACUGCGCAUGAUCAAGUUCGACCACGAAAACGUCUUGAAACUGAUCGGCAUGUGUGUCCAUGGCAACCAAGCAAUGAUCGUUCUCCCUUACAUGAAGAAUGGGGAUCUACACAAAUACCUGAGGAACAAACAGAUCUUGCCACUGCCGGAGAAUCUCCGCCUUUGCGAAGAAAUCGCCCAAGGCAUGGCUUAUCUGACAGACCAGGACAUUGUUCACAGGGACCUGGCUGCUCGAAACUGCAUGCUUGAUGAAGAGUUGCAUCUUAAGGUUGCUGACUUUGGGCUGUGCCGAGACGUGCGUGAGAAGGGAUACUACAGGAUACAGCACAGAGACGUCGCGUUACCAGCAAAGUGGAUGGCACCGGAGAGUUACGAAGACCAAAUAUUCGACACAAAGACUGACGUGUGGUCGUACGGUGUCGUCCUGUGGGAGAUCUUCUCUGGUGGGAAAACACCAUAUCCGGGCGUGCACCGGUUCGUCAUAGAGCACAUUCUGGAUGGCAACAGAAUGGAGCGGCCCAACAUAUGCCCCAUCCCAAUGUACAAUGAGGUGAUGAAGCAGUGUUGGCAGAAAGAGCCAGUGAAGAGACCAACGUUCAAGGAAAUCCUGGUUAAACUGAAACAAAUGAGCGCGUCGUCCAAGCAACGGUCUGAGAACGAGAUUACAACGGUUUCACCAUACCUAACGCCAUCAAAAUCCGCUCAUGACCCUCUUCUGAAAACAAAUCAACAUGUCCCCUAG